CAGCCACCGCGAUUCAACAUCGGAAACAACGGACAUGUACAAAACAGAUAUUAAACUUCACAAUACAGGACAUCACAAGCACCACUCACUCACAACCAAGGGACACAAGCAGCAUAGCGGCGGCUUAAAUCACUUCAUUACCCAGCCUACCGCACACCAACCAUCCACAGUCAAUCUAGCCAUCCAAGCGGUCAUCAGCAAUCUACCCGCUUCCGAACCCCAGUGGCCAACACCGCCAGACGCAGUCCAGUCCUGUCCAUCAACCGCUCGGGGUCCUUCCAGCAACGAGCUUCUUACAAUCACGGAACUAUGCAUUCUUCCCUCCAUUCCUUUCCCUCCUGAAUGGGCUUCCACCCGCUCGCAACAACACACUACUACACCCUCACCACCCUCCUAAUACCUGUGCAGUGCAAUGACAAAGGAAAUUCAAUUUCAGGUGUCCAAGUACUCUCUCCCAGCCCCCCGCAUCCCUCUAAAAGAGGCCGUCUGCGCCACA